AUGACUCUGGUCCUUUUGUAUGGUAAUGAAACCAACAUCAGAGACUGCGGCUACUCAAAAUGGGGCCUCGUAAUCUACCGCACAACCUACGCCCCCGAGUCAACCCUGAAAUGGGACCAGUUCAAAGCCCUCGUCCUCUCCAACCUUCGCAAGCGCAUCACCGACUCCCCCGCCCCAGAGAUCCUCCAAAACAUGGACUUCAUCUUCAUCGAUGACCAUUCCCUGGACAACAUCUCCAUCGCCGACCUGCAGCGUCGUUUCCGGACCUGGGUCGAGUCCGAGAACAUGGUCCCCUUCAAGCCAAGCCAGAGCGACCCGCGAGAAAUAGUCUACGUGCCCCGCGGCGCUAGGUACGAGUUCUUCAUCAUGGCCGACGAGCUCGCUCUGCUCUCCCCCUGCGUCAAGCUAGUGCGUGGGCUUCCCGAGCCCGAGAACCCGGAAGAGAUCGGGCGCGAGCACGCCAAGGUCCGGCACAUUGCCGUCGAGACCGAGCUGUACAAUGAGCUGGGCGAUCCGAAUGCCCCUUAUACGGGGCGGCUUUUGCCUAGGCACCUGGUCGCCCAGGGCUAUUGA